UCUGUCCUUGUCUGCCUUCGACUUUUGCAAUUCAAUUCAAUUCAAAUUAUUUAUUCACAACCCACUUUACUAAUUUUAACUCAUUCCGGGCCGCCUGUCAACUGUAAAGCGUCCUGAUUUUUCUGUAUUUGCAUUUUACACCACCCGCCUCGACAUGACCACCGCAGGGCUGCUGCUGUCGGCGGCAGAGACUGGGACUCGGCCGCUCGAAAUGGACGAUGCAAAGACGCAGUUCAAACACACCGCGAUAAACGUGUCUGCUGCCGAAGCUGGCAGAAAGGCAGGGCUGGGGCAGCACACAGCGCCCUCAGAAAGCACAGCAUGCGAACAGAGACGUCAGAUUAGGACCAGUUCGCUUGCAUUGACCGAUUCUGGAUAUUGCCUGCGCAGCACCGACUACCCAGCCAAAGCGCUCUGGAUUCAAUUUGAUGGCACGAUAAAUGUGAUGGACAACGAGCUCGCGGCGGACAAUUCUUGCCUAAAGCAGCAGCAGCAGCAGCAGCAGCAGCAGCAGCAACAGCAAGAUCUCAACUCCAAGGACGUCGAGAUGGAGAUUUCUGUGCUCGCUGUUGCCGGCAUGUUUACAUUGGACCUUUACACAUACAUCCUGGUUGUCACCGAAAGCCGCUGUCGGGGCACAAUCGGCGGGAAGAGUGUGUAUGAGAUUGUUUCAGUGGCGGCCCUGCCCUUGGACUACUAUAGCGGCAAAGCGGCUUUGCAACAGCUACUUGGUGGUGUAGACGCGCAGAAAUACCGAAAAAGCAGCCUAGCCUUGCAGCCCCUUGCGCUGUCUAACCAGCAAAACGAUACUGCACCUGGUGCUGGAUUGGAUCGGCACUCUUACACUUCGGCCAAAAAAAUUGCGGGUGGCAGCACUAACGGCGACAGUCGGUUGCGGUCGCAGUCGCAGUCGCAGCAGCAGCCAGCCAUACAAAAGAAAAGCGACAUUGGGGCGCUACAGGAUGGAUCUCUGGGCUGGCUCUCACCUCAGUUCUCUAAGUUGCUUGGGCGCAGUCGGGCAAGCACUGUGAGCUCGUCAGCUACAGCAUCCUCAGCCAGCCCGUCUACAGCCAGUAUUGUGGUAGAUACAUUAGCUGCAACAGCUCAGGAAAAGAAUGCAGUCAAUCCAGAAAAUAAAAGUGACAGCUCUUUGUCAGCACAGCGCAUGGAGGGACGGAUUAUCGAAGAGUUAAUUCGAAUUUUCGGGUCCAGUGGCAUGUUUUACUCCUACGACCAUGAUCUGACGCGCUCGCUCCAGGAGAGGGGCAAACAGGGUGUAGCUACCGAAAAAGCACCAUUGUCGCUUUUUGCCGCUCAGGAUUACUGGUUCAAUCACAAUAUCCAACGACAAAUGCUGGCGGCAGAUGCCCAUGAGUGGGCGCUACCGCUGAUCCAGGGGUGCGUCCAGAUAGCCAUAUGCGAGAUCAAAGAUGGAGACUCGUUUCAAGUGUGCGUGUUGUCUCGCCGCAACUGGAGGCGCAUCGGCAUGCGCUACGAGCGUCGUGGCGCUGAUGCCGAAGGCCAUGUAGCAAACUUUGUCGAGACUGAGCAGAUACUAACCGUCGAAAUGGGCAGCCAGCAGACGCACCACGCGAGUUUUGUUCAGACGCGCGGUUCGAUGCCUUUCUACUGGAAACAGCCGCCAGCUGGGCUUCAGCCACCACCCGUGGUGGUGAAGGGCGAUGCCGAGAACACUAGUGUCUGUGCAUUGCACUUGCAGCGCGAGAUCGAUAGGCUUGGCAGGCAGGUUUUGCUCAACCUGGUCGAGCAGAAGGGCCGCGAAGCAGUUGUCGGGUCAAAGUAUGCAAGUAUUGUCGGGCAGUGCGUGGCAGACGAAAUGGUGGAUGCAUGCAUGAUCCGGUAUAUUCCAUGGGACUUUCACCAGGAAACUCGUGGCAUGCGGUACGAGACGCUUCAGCAGCUUUUGGAGCACCUGCAGCGCGAGAUUGCAGACAUGGGUUACUACUGGUGUACGGGCGGGCAGGUGUUCAUAGAGCAGCGCGGCGUAUUUAGAGUAAAUUGCAUGGACUGCCUGGACCGGACCAACGUGGUUCAGAGCACACUUGCUCGGUUUGUGCUCAACGAGCAGCUAGUGCGACUGGGGGUGCACGUUGCACCAGAACAGGGGCUAGUGGCAUACAACGGGCUUGAGUCUACGCUCAACCAUCUGUGGGCCAACAACGGCGACUACAUCAGCAAGCAGUACGCCGGAACUUCGGCUAUGAAGGGUGAUUUUACGAGGACGGGCAAGCGCAACUUUAGUGGUGUGAUGAGCGACGCUUCGUACUCGCUGGCACGUCUGUGGAUCAGCACGUUCCGCGACUACUUCUCUCAGUCUGUGCUCGACUUUACGAUGGGCUACCAGAGCGCAGGCGACGUGUUCCGCACGCUGAUUGAUCUGCGGUCCCGCGAGCCGGACCACGCGUUGCAGCUGACGCGCACGCGCGAAGCAGCCAUCGAGGCAAGCAUUGCAACUGCAGUACACACCGGUGAGCAUGUGGAGCUGGCCUGCAUAGUGCAGUCACCAAUGGCGCUUGAUAUGCUCAAGCUGCGCGGUCCGAGCGACGCAGUUUUGAUCUUGACCACGGCGGCUGUCUAUAUCUGCCGGUACCACUACCAGAUGGAAAAGGUGUCAGAGGUGCUGCGGAUCGACCUAUCAAGGCUUGCAAGGGUGCAGUACGGCGCCUAUAUCACGGACACGCAGGUGCCCCAGGCGUUGGAUCCCGCGCGCAAUCAUGGGCUCGUUCUAUACUUUGACGCGGCUGGAGCUCGGUUCAACUCUGGAAGUCCGCAGAGCAAGUCGAGCACUGCUGAAUGCGAGAUGCCAGCUGACGAUGCUGACAGGCCCAAAUCAAAUGAACACGGACACGGACACGGGCUGCGGGUGGCUGGCAACUCAGAGGCUGCUGCAGAGCAAAGUAGCCCUCCAUCGGCCGCAGAGCAGCAGCUAUCUGGCGAUUGUGGCGUGCACUUCGUCGCAUGCAAGCUUGUCAGUGAGGCACAGGUCGUCAUGCAGUGUGUGCCUGGAGAGACAUCCACGGCUGUCGGGCCGUCGUCGGCCAAUAAUGCAGCCGAUCUGUCUCUCACGCGGCUCGGAUCCCUUGAAAAUCAGUCGCCCGACCUGCUUGCAGAGUGCCUGUGCUCGCUGAUGCUUUCCGCAGCUCUCAGGGCGAACAGAAUAGACAGCAGCCGCUUUAUAGUGGACGCCCCGAUCAUCAGCGUAGCCACAGCAAAACAUAGCCUCAGUUUGGUUGAUAAAAUGUCCAGCCGCCUCCACAAGGCGCUGUGGCUGUAAUGGGUUGAACUGAUCCAACCUGGUUCCCUGCGCUACGCCCUUCCCCCUCUUUUUUUAUGUGUGCGGCCAAUCGCACGCAUUUGCUUCUUUGAUCUUGCGGGUAAAUUUUUCUUUCAUUUCCUCUUACUUUUUUCUCUUUAAAACUUCCA